AUGGCCAUGGCUAACAAUGGAUCACUUUCUCCUGCCCCUCCUGCGGCUUUCCAAGAGCCUCCACCCGAUUACAUUGAAAAUGGACGCCUGUAUCAUGGACUACACAAAGGAAAAUACAUGUUUCCUUGCGACGAGGAUGAAAAGGACCGGAUGGAUAUAUUUCACAAAUUUUUCGAAGUCGCAAUGGGAGGUGCGAUUGAUAUGGCCGACAAAUAUGGUUCAGAUAUGGGUACAGGUGAAGUUCUCGGGCUUGACCUAGCUAGAAUACAACCUCCAACUAUCCCCGAAAAUUUACAGUUUUUCCAAAGAGAUAUAGAAUCACCUUGGUGGGGACUCGAAGUUGAGUCGUGGGAUAUGGUUCAUAUACGGAUGCUUUCCGGGAGCAUUAACAGCUGGCCUGCAUUAUACCAAAAGGUCCGCAGGUAUCUCAAGCCUCAGGUAGGCCGUUUUGAGCAGGUUGAAAUAGAUUUUACUCCUCGCUCAGAUUUCGGGGACAUUCCAGCUGACUCGGCGCUGGCUACGUGGGCGCGGAACCUUUUCGAAGCUACUCGGCGCAAUUUUCGACCUCUAGCUUAUAAUACCGAGAUUCGAGCAAUGCUUCAAAAAGAAGAAUUUCUCGAUAUUCAAGAAGAAGUGAUACGAAUUCCUCUCAAUCCCUGGCCCGAUGAUCCACAAGAAAAGGAUGUUGCAAGAUGGUACAAUCUGGCCCUCACCCAGGGACUAGAAGCAAUGACGCUUGGACCUAUGCACAGAAUAUAUGGGUGGACGAAAGAUGAUGUCACAAGGCUGAUUACAGAAGUGAGGAGAGAUAUUUGCAAUAGGAAAAUCCGCGCUUAUAAUAAUUUGCAUGUAUGGACUGCACGCGCACCGGUCAAACCCCCUUCAUAG